CAGCAAAAUUUCAGUCGCAGACUUCAUCUAUCUUGUCAACCCAUUUCCGCCUGCUCGACCGUAACGCCUCCUACGCUUGACCGUUGCCCGUGCUGCCCAUGAUAAUCGCCAUGACUAUGGUAUAUCGCUUCCCAUUGGAUACUGUGCGGUAGCAUACUACAGCUUCGAACGGAUUGAGCCACAGAGCACUUCAUCUAGUUAGAUCGCGCGCGCGGAGCAACGCGAUCGGCCGUCGCAUUCAAGGCAAAUCCUGCACCCAACCUUCGCUAUUACGCACCCAAGCGAGUACCACUGCUCUAUACAGCCGUCAAGAUGGCGACAAUGACGGAGACAAGUGCCACCGCGCCCAUCAAGCACCAGGUAGUCGAUAAGCUGCCCAAGCGAUUCAAGAACCUAAAGUUUGGCAUCCAAUCCAACCAGGAUAUUGUCAACCAGGGCGUAUUAGAAGUUUCUGAUCGGUCUAUGUAUGAUAUUGAUAAGGGGCGCGAGCCGACUCAAAAUGGUGUGCUCGACAAGCGCUUGGGAACUUCCAGCAAGACCGGAGUGUGCGCUACAUGCAAUGAGAGGCUGGCCGACUGCAUCGGGCAUUUUGGCCAUGUACGGCUACCAUUACCAGCGUUCCAUAUCGGCUAUAUCAAAUUCACAAUUACGAUUCUUCAAAACAUAUGUAAGGAUUGCUCUAGGGUGCUGUUAGUCGAACAAGAGCGUCGAGCGUACCUCAGGGAGCUGAGACGACCCAAUAUCGAUAAUAUGAAACGCGUUGCAAUCUGCAAAAAAAUCAACGACCAGUGUAGGAAAACUAAACAGUGUCCAUAUUGCGGAGCUGUCAAUGGUCAAAUUCGCAAGGUUGGUGCUCUUAAGCUGGUUCACGAUAAGUUUGUCGCAUAUAACAAAUCUACUUCGGCGAAGAAGAAGCCGCCGCCAAGCAAAAUAGAAUUCGAUAACUCCUUCAUCGAAGCCAGGAAGCACGUCAAUGAUCUCGAUAAACAUUUGAGAAAGGCCUUCGAGGACCUAAACCCUCUUAGAGUCCUAAACCUCUUUAAACAGAUCACCCCAGAUGAUUGCGAACUACUUGGCUUGAACCCUUCCGAAGGACGCCCAGAAAUGUUUCUUUGGCAAUACUUACCAGCGCCGCCUGUAUGUAUUCGACCAUCAGUCGCCCAAGAAGGAGCAAGCAAUGAAGAUGACAUAACAACUCGCCUCGGUGAUAUUGUGUUUGCCUGCGGUCUUAUUCGCGCAGCAUUACAGAAAGGCACCGCUUUGCAAACCAUCAUGGAGCAGUGGGAAUUUCUACAGCUUCAGAUAGCGGUAUAUGUGAACAGUGACGUUCCAGGACUUAGAGACAACGGAGUGACGAAGACAAUGCGUGGUUUCUGUCAACGCCUGAAGGGGAAACAAGGGCGCUUCCGUGGCAAUCUGUCAGGAAAGCGCGUUGACUUUUCAGGCAGAACUGUUAUCUCCCCUGACCCGAAUCUAGCAGUCAAUGAAGUGGCGGUGCCAAUGCUUGUCGCCAAGAAUUUAACGUACCCUGAGAGAGCGCAUCGCGACAAUAUCGCAAAACUAAGACAGUGCAUUAUCAACGGCCCCACCAUCUGGCCAGGGGCACAAGCAAUUCUCAAAGUCGAUGGUGACCAUCCGCCGUUCCGUGUGUCGCUCCGAUUUGGCGAUAAAGAGGCUGCUGCGAAGGAACUUCGUAUUGGUGAUAUUGUUGAGCGCCACCUAGAGGAUGGGGAUAUUGUUCUCUUCAAUCGACAACCUUCACUUCACAAACUUAGUAUCAUGAGCCAUCUCGUCAAGGUGCGGCCCUGGAGAACAUUUCGUCUCAAUGAAUGUGCUUGUGGCCCCUAUAACGCUGAUUUUGAUGGUGACGAGAUGAACCUCCAUGUACCUCAAACAGAAGAGGCUCGUGCUGAGGCCGUUACUUUGAUGAGCGUCAAACAUAACCUUGCAACGCCUAAAAACGGAGAGCCCAUCAUCGCAGCCACUCAGGACUUUAUUACUGCAUCGUAUCUUUUGAGCAGCAAGGAUAUGUUCUUUGACCGAAGGACUUUCACAUAUAUCGUCAUGCAGAUGAUGGACGGUGAUAUGCACAUUGACUUACCGCCCCCGGCCAUUCUAGUCCCCAAACGAUUAUGGACGGGUAAACAAAUUUUCAGCAUGCUUAUGAGACCCAACAAAUCAAGUCCGAUCAAAGUCAACCUGGAUGCCAAAUGUAAGCAGUACGUGGAUCCUCCAGCAGCUCCUCCUGGCCACAGGAAGAGAGCUCCAGAUAUGUGCCCCAAUGAUGGCUGGCUUGUUGUUCGUAAUUCAGAGGUUAUGUGUGGCCGAAUGGAUAAAUCCACCGUGGGAGCAGGCCAAAAAGACUCAGUAUUCUACGUCAUUCUGCGAGACUAUGGCGCGGAUGCAGCUGUGACUGCAAUGAACCGACUCGCGAAGCUUUGUGCAAGAGUAUUGACGAAUCGAGGAUUUUCAAUUGGUAUUGGAGAUGUCUUUCCCACUACCGCUCUUACUAUAGCGAAGGAGAAAUUGUUCGUAGACGCUUACGCGGAUUCGGAUGAUUUCAUUAAACAGUUCAAUGAGAAUAGACUACAGAAGGCUACAGGAUGCUCAAUGGAAGAAACACUAGAAGCUAAGAUCUCAGGUGUGCUGAACAAAGUUCGUCAGAAUGCUGGUGAGCUUUGUAUCAAGUCUCUGAGUCGGAACAACGCUCCUUUGGUCAUGGCAUCGUCAGGCUCCAAAGGUUCCACCAUCAACGUUGCUCAAAUGAUCGCUGCCGUCGGCCAGCAAAUUAUUGCUGGCUCCCGUGUGGCUGACGGUUUUCAGGAUCGAACUUUGCCACAUUUUCACAAAAACACUCGCCAUGCAUCUGCUAAAGGUUUCGUGCGAAAUAGCUUCUAUACAGGGCUUGUGCCAACCGAGUUCCUGUUCCACGCUAUAUCAGGUCGAGAAGGUUUGGUUGAUACUGCCGUCAAGACCGCAGAAACAGGAUAUAUGUCGCGUCGCCUUAUGAAAUCGCUAGAAGAUCUCUCUACAAAAUAUGAUGAUACGGUACGAACCUCGGGCGACGGCGUUGUCCAGUUCCAAUUUGGAGCGGAUAAACUAGAUCCAGUCGAUAUGGAAGGAAAGGCUGUGCCUGUCAGUUUCGAACGUACGUUCUCCCAUGCCGAAAAUUUGACCUGGAGCAAUUCAGAUCGGGCUUUAUUGCCUUUCGAAAUACUCGCACUUUGUGAUACAAUGCUCAAGAAGGAACGUGAUCGGUAUCGAAGACGUGGCUUACUUCAUGGAGAACCCCUCCAAUACAAUGAUACGACGGAUUACGGUGUGGAUGAAAACGAGGGUGGCCGCAAGUUUCUCGAAACCAUUCACCGGCAUGUCAGAAGCCUGGCGGAACGAUGUGCCAAAUUUCGUGUUGCUGGUGGUCUUGAUGGCAUGCUGACCGCGCCUGAUACCCGUUUCCUUCCACUCACAAGUAAUGAGCGGGAAGCUCUUGCCACUCUUAUAUUUGAUGUAGAUCAAGCAAAGGCCAAGCAGCUGGAGAGGCUCAAUAUCUCUGAUAAGAGUUGGCAAAUCAGGAAGCUGGCAAAAAUUAAGUCAGAGAUGCAUGAGUUCACAUACGAAGACCUUCUGAACCUGAAACCGGUACUCGAGGACCUAGAUUUUCAACGGCCUCCCAAAGCCAAGACCACUAUCGAAAAGCAGGAAUUUGCAAGGCUUUCGGAACUAAACGCAAGGCUUGACAGGCUAGAUCUUGGGUACCUUGCACGAGUGGCAUGCAGAAUCGAAGAGGAAGAACAUGAGUCCGUAUCAAAGAUGGCCUCGGAGAGAGCAGCCAAAGUGUCCGAGAAAACUCUUAGAUAUUUCAUUGGACUGUGCCUGGAAAAAUACAGCAAGGCACACGUCGAACCGGGGCAUGCUGUUGGGGCUGUUGGUGCGCAGUCUAUUGGCGAACCCGGAACUCAAAUGACUUUAAAAACCUUCCAUUUCGCCGGUGUAGCUGGCAUGAGUAUCACGCAGGGUGUCCCACGUAUUAAGGAAAUCAUCAACGCGUCCAAGACGAUCAGUACGCCAGUCAUCAGCUGUCCUUUACAGAACCCUAAGAGUUUAGAGGCUGCCAAGAUCGUCCGAGCGCGUAUUGAGAAAACAUGUGUUGAAGACGUCCUUCGCUACCUGGAUGAUGAAUGGCAACCUCAUCGUUCCUUCAUUACGCUGCAUAUUGACACUGAAACAUUGGAAGGCAUGCAUCUUGGAAUCAAACUCGGCGAUAUUGUCAACGCGAUUGCCAAGCAGAAAAAGCUCAAGAUUCAGAAGACAGACAUGCAAGUGUUCGAACAAGAUGCGAGCAUAGAAAUCACUGUGAAGGCUUUAGAUAUAGACCCUUCUAAGCGAACAACAAGAACCAAAACUGCCACAGAGGUCAUGGCUGAUCUGUCCGUUCGCAUCAGCCAUCUCAAGCGUGUACUGCCUUUAGUUCCGAUCUCUGGGUAUCCCGAAGCUUCUCGAGCUAUUGUUCAGCAGAGCGAGAAAGAUUCUACAAAUACUGUUUUGGUUGAGGGUUACGGUCUACGGCAAUGUAUGAAUACAGAGGGAGUCCUUGGCACCAAGGUCAUGACCAACAGCGUAAUAGAAUGUAGGGACAUUCUAGGUAUAGAAGCUGCGCGGACGACAAUUGCUAAGGAAAUCGGCGCCGUCAUGGACAUGAUGAACAUCGACCCCCGGCAUAUGCAGCUUCUCGCUGAUGUAAUGACCUACAAGGGCGAAAUCCUGGGCAUCACCCGUUUUGGUCUCUCCAAGAUGCGCGAUAGUGUGUUACAGCUCGCUUCGUUUGAGAAAACAGCAGACCAUUUGUUUGACGCAGCAUCGGCGAUGAAGACAGAUCCAAUUGAAGGUGUCAGUGAAAAAAUCAUUAUGGGAGAGACUAUGUCAGUUGGUACCGGGGCAUUCCAAGUUGUAAGGAGACUUAAUUUACUUGAUGAACAUUUUACGACAAUACCCACGGUGUUUGAAGAUGCCUGGGCUCAGAUCGAAGACAAGCCAACAAAACGAAGGAAAGGCGGCCUUUAGAGGGGAACUCGUCCGAGACAUCUGUAAAAAAAAAUGCAAUCUCACAUUUGAUCCUAAACAAUGGAUUCAUACUAGUUGAUCCCCUAGUAAAACUUAGGAACACUCAAUACCUAGUCUGCCAAGAACCAGAAAAUGUGUGGAGCAAUUCAAUAGCUUGUUGUACGUAUUAUAUACUAUGUAGCUAUACAUUUUUUAGCCGAUAUGCUGCCCAACAAGGACUUCUUGACGUUUUGUAUUAUGAAAUACUUUACUCGCGGCCGCUAUGAGAAUAUGUUGCAUCAACAUCGAAUAUAUCAAUUCUUAAAACCAAGAGCUUGCACAAAUAAAGCGUGGUUCCCGCUCGAGACGUGGACUUUGCAUGUUGUAUCACUCAUCUAUUUCUCUCAUAAUCACUAAUAGUGAAAAAUAUUGCUAUCGUUCUCAAGGUAAUCAGAAACCAACUUAUCCCGAUCGGCCGUCAAGCACGGCGAUUGAUCGAUUACAAGGUAGUAUUCGGUAUUACCCCUUAUCGUCCGAGGGCUUGGAGAAGCUCCGUGGUUACCUUGAUCGAG